GUGCGUGUGCGCGUGUGUGUGUGUGUGUGUGUGUGUGUGUGUGUGAGUGUGAGUGUGAGUGAGUGAGUGACAGUGGGACUCGGGCAGGCCUGUGCUCUGUUGCCUUUUUCACUUCCCCUAGGCGGCUGUCCGCACGCUGCUCUUCCCGCCGCCCCACUAAGCGCGGGCUAGGUGUGCGAAGUGCAUCGUCCUUUUGCUUUUGGAACUCUGUGCUGCUUUUUCUGCUCCAGAUUUUUUUCUUUCUUUUGGCUCUCUGCCUCGAGGGCUGGUUUCCCCGGCCCCUGAGUAACUGCUUCCUGCCCCUGGUCGCCAGCCCCGCCCAAGGUCGCCCCAGGGCUGUGCCCCUGGCCCCGAAGGGUGGGAAGCGGGUCUCGGCAGCCUAGCCACACACCCGUCUCAGUAUGCAUGGGGUCAACGACCCUCCUCUUUUUAUAAAAGAUAUUAAGGCCGGACUGAAAAACUUAAAUGUCGUCUUUAUUGUCCUGGAGAUAGGACGCGUGACCAAAACCAAAGACGGCCAUGAAGUGAGAUCGUGCAAAGUAGCCGAUAAAACCGGCAGCAUCACUAUUUCCGUGUGGGAUGAGAUCGGAGGUCUCAUACAGACAGGGGAUAUUAUUCGGUUGACCAGAGGAUAUGCAUCCAUGUGGAAAGGAUGUCUGACUCUCUAUACUGGAAGGGGUGGUGAACUUCAGAAGAUCGGAGAAUUCUGUAUGGUUUAUUCAGAAGUACCAAAUUUUAGUGAGCCAAACCCAGAUUAUAGAGCACAGCAGAACAGGGCACAAAAUGAACAGAAGAAUAAUAUGAGUACAGUCACAUUUGGACCCAUGGGAAAUGGUGUUCAAACUGAAUCAAGAGGAUACCAUCUUUCAUAUGCUGGAAGAAGCAAUGGCCGGGGACCCAUCCAUCCACAGCUGCCAGGAACAGCUAAUGAUCAAACAGUCACGACAACAAUAAGCAAUGGCAGGGAUCCACGGAGAGCUUUUAAAAGAUGACCCAAGCCAAACAGUCACAUGUAGUUUAGGAACUACAUGCCCUACUUGAACACUUAAUGCACUUUUAUUUAUUGUUAACUGUGAAAAGUUUGUCUCUUACUGGUUUCCUUGUACAUUUUUGGUUUGUUAAGAGUGGUUGGUUUUUACAACAGAACAAUUAGGCUGCUCAUUUAUAUCCUAUUGAACAAUAGGAACACUCUGAAAAGCAGGGGCGUUUAUUUUUAAAGCAAGAAGUUACUGGGUAUCACCUAAAACACCUGCACCCAUUUCAAGGGUGAGUUGCUUAUCAGCUUUAUAGCCUCUAUGAGUCUAUCCUCUGUAUAAACUUUGUAAUAUUUGACAUAAAGUUCAGUGGAAAAUGUUCCUUUGUCUUAAAUUCAGAUAUUGCCAACUAAAGCAAUAACCACCCUAGACCAGAAACUUGGUCCAUGCUGACAACAUUUUACAUUUUUGAGUGUUUGUGAUCUGGAAUGACUUGACCUCAUUGAGUGACUGGCAUUAAGAUUUUCCAGGGACUGAAUGACCAUAAAUUCUUGUUUUAUUACCAGAAAACUGGAUUCUUCAUCGGAAUUAUGGACUAGAAUGUAUAAUGUAACAAGAAGAAAGUUGUUUAAGAAUAAUGCUCUUAACAGUUUGUUAUUAACACUGAGAAUUACAUUGGAGAAAAAUCUUACAUUUUGAGUCCUUGAAUAUUUAUUUUUGAAACUAUCAUGUUAAACAUUAAAAUAUAACUUGGGAGUUCUAAAGUCUUAGUGGACAUUGAUUUAAUUAUUAGUGAGACAGAAUCUCACUAUACAUGCCUGGCUGGCUUUGGAUCGCAGAGAUCCUCCUGUCUGCCUCUAAAGUGCUAUGGUUAGAGGCAUGCUCCACAUGCCCAGCUGAUUUAUUUGAAAAAGUAUUUGUGGUUGAUGACUGUUGUUGCAAGUUGAAUUCCUAGAGCAGUGUGCUCUCUUAAGUUACAGAUCUCCAGGUCUGGUAAUCAUCUUGAAAUGAAAAAGUGAAAGUGCUACGGAUUUUCUUUACAUUUUGAAAUACUUCAAAAGAUAGGGACACUUCCAAAACCAAAGCAAAGUGAAUUCCAAGCUGUAAUGAAUAAUUGCUUACCAGUCGCUUACCAGUCUGCUUGGACAGCACUCAUCAAGAAGUUGUGGAAGAAUGUGUCUACCUCCCUCCUUUCUGGUGUUUUCAGCUAUCAACUUUGAUACAGAUUUCGGCAAGA